GCAAAAAGAAGGCGACGUUGUUCGACAGCCAGGCUCCCAUCUGCCCCAUCUGCCAGGUGCUCCUUCGCCCCGGCGAGCUGCAGGAGCACAUGGAGCAGGAGCUGGAGAAGCUCACGCAGCUCAACAUCAGCAAGAACUCCAUCCUGAAGGAUGCCAUGGCAGCGGGUACCCCCAAGUCAAUUUUGUUGUCAGCCUCAAUCAAGCGGGAAGGAGAUUCUCCGACAGCAUCGCCCCACUCUUCAGAUGACAUCCAUCACUCGGACAGAUACCAGGCUUUACUGUUUAGAGAAGGCAGAGUUGAGUACGUAGGGAAGAGUCGAUUUACAAACUUGACAUGUUUUCCUUUUUUUGUUUUCUUUCCUUGGUUUCUCCACGCAGCUCGGAUUGGGAAAAUGAAACGGAGGAAGCAAGACGAAGGGCAGAGAGAAGGCUCGUGCAUGACUGAGGAUGACUCUGUGGACAUCGAGAAUGAGAAUGGCAACCGCUUUGAAGAGUACGAGUGGUGUGGGCAGAAGAGGAUACGGGCUACCACCCUCCUGGAGGGAGGAUUUCGAGGUUCUGGGUUUAUCAUGUGCAGCGGCAAGGAGAAUCCAGACAGUGACGCUGACCUGGAUGUGGAUGGGGACGACACACUUGAAUACGGGAAACCACAGUACACCGAGGCAGACGUUAUCCCUUGCACUGGGGAAGAGCCAGGUGAAGCCAAAGAGAGGGAGGCGCUCCGCGGUGCUGUGUUAAAUGGUGGCACACCCAGUACUCGAAUAACGCCGGAGUUUUCUAAAUGGGCCAGUGACGAAAUGCCCUCAACGAGUAAUGGUGAGAGCAGUAAACAGGAGACCAUGCAGAAGACCUGUAAGAACAGUGACAUUGAGAAAAUUACGGAAGACUCCGCAGUGACAACAUUUGAAGCGUUAAAGGCUCGUGUCCGUGAGUUAGAAAGGCAGCUUUCCCGUGGGGACCGCUAUAAAUGUCUCAUUUGCAUGGAUUCCUACACAAUGCCCCUGACUUCCAUUCAGUGCUGGCACGUGCACUGUGAAGAAUGCUGGCUGCGGACUCUGGUGAGGCACCUGGCUACUUUCUUGCUGACUCAUAGAUUUUUCCCUCUCUCUGGG